GAUUCACCAAAGACAAAACGAUUGGAAACAAUGAGGAACUAUAUGAAAUAGUACAAGGAGCAACUACACUACACCUCGAACAACUACCAGAUGAUCCUAACCAAAUUUCAGAAAACAUAACUCAAAUACUUCUUUUUGAUCUGCCAAUAAAACAAAGAGACUAUACUAAAGCAGUUGCUGCAGCUCUACAUAGAAUAUAUCGGUUUGAUAAACUACCAGAAGCCUAUUUUACGUUACUAGGAACAUUGCCAAACAGAAUUGCAGAUCUAAACCCCGAAAUAAAACACCUGUUCCUAAUUAUAGAGAGAA